GUUAAGUUCAGGCAUUGAUGAGAUAUAAGGUUUUGUUUAAUGGCCGUUUUAACAUGUCAGCUUGCCAUUCAAAUUGCAAAGGUGUAGCAAGAAAAAUCAAUGAAGGGCUGCUUCAUACUUCUUAUUCUUUCCUCCCAUUUAUUGCUUAUUAUAACAAUAUCCACUGUAGCUGACACCAUAACUAUAACUCAAUCUAUUAAAGAUGGAGAGAGCAUAAUUUCGGCGGGUGAAAGCUUUAGAUUAGGAUUUUUUAGCCCAGGCAACUCCAAAAAUCGAUACUUGGGUAUAUGGUACAACAAAGUAUCUGUCAAGACCGUAGUUUGGGUUGCUAACAGAGAAAUCCCCCUUGCUGAUUCAUCAGGUGUUUUGAAGAUUACUGAUCGAGGACUAGUCCUUGUCAAUCGCAAUGAAACCAUAAUUUGGUCUUCCAACUCCACAGGAUCGACGAGGAAUGUUGCACAGCUUUUGGAUUCAGGAAACCUUGUAGUAAAAGACGAGGAUAACCCUGAAGAUUAUUUGUGGCAGAGUUUUGAUUAUCCAUGUGAUACAUUCCUUCCAGGGAUGAAGCUUGGAUGGAAUAGAGUUACAGGCCUGAAUCGCUAUAUAUCGUCAUGGAAGACACCUGAUGAUCCUGCUCGAGGUAAUUUUACAUGUAGAAUUGAUCCUGCUGGUUAUCCUGAGAUGAUUGUGACAGAGGGCUCAGUUGAGAGUUUUCGAGUUGGAUCAUGGAACGGUCUUAGGUUUACUGGCACACCUGAGUUAAAGCCAAACCCCAUAUACAUAUUUGGGUUUGUUCUCAAUGAAAAGGAGAUGGAUUACAGUUAUCAGCUUCUUAACAACUCACUUCUUUCAAGGAUGGUGAUAGGUCAGAAUGGCCUUUUCCAGCGCUUUACUUGGAUCGAGCGAACACGGAACUGGAGGGUUUAUCUUAGUGCGCAAAUUGAUAAUUGUGAUCAUUAUAACUUGUGUGGUGCAUAUGGUAGCUGCAAUAUUAACAACUCUCCAGUGUGUAGUUGCUUGAAAGGAUUUGUUCCAAAAGUUCCAAAAGAGUGGGAAAUGGUCGAUUGGUCAAGUGGUUGUAUUAGAAAGACUCCAUUAAAUUGCUUUGGGGAUGGAUUUCGUAAGUACUCUGCAAUGAAGUUGCCAGAGACGCGAAAAUCCUGGUUUGACAGGAGUAUCAAUCUUGAGGACUGCAGGAACAUGUGCACGAAGAAUUGCUCCUGUACAGCCUACUCAAAUUUGGACAUCAGGGAAGGAGGAAGUGGGUGCCUUCUGUGGUUUAAUGACCUUAUUGAUAUUAGAGAAUUUGAUGAGAAUGGCCAAGAUAUUUAUAUAAGGAUGGCUGCGUCAGAAAUAGACGAUGACAUGAGGAUUAAAAGUAAAUCCAAUGAGAAGAAACGAAUGACGAUCAUUGUAAGCUCUGUGAUAUCUACAGGGAUUCUGUUCCUGGUGGUAACUAUAGUCUUGUAUGUUAGGAAAAAGAAGCAGCAGAACGCUGGAAAAGAAACUGGCAUUGUGUUAGGAAAUGCAAAUGACAAAGGCCAAAAAGAAGAUCUGGAACUACCACUGUUUGAUUUUGCCACUAUUGCUUGUGCAACUAAUAACUUCUCUGUCACCAAUAAACUCGGAGAAGGGGGAUUUGGGCCUGUUUUUAAGGGAACGUUGAAAGAUGGACAAGAAAUAGCUGUGAAGAGGCUCUCAAAGCAUUCAUCCCAAGGACUCGAUGAGUUCAAGAAUGAAGUAAUGCAUAUUGCCAAACUUCAGCACCGGAAUCUGGUGAAGCUUCUAGGAUGCUGCAUUGAAUCAGAAGAGAAGAUGUUAAUCUAUGAGUUCAUGCCCAACAAAAGCUUGGAUUUCUUUAUUUUUGAUCCAAGCCGGAGCAAACUACUAGAUUGGCCUAAGCGGUACCACAUUAUCAAUGGGAUUGCUCGUGGACUCCUUUACCUUCACCAAGAUUCCAGGCUAAGAAUAAUUCAUAGAGAUCUAAAAGCCGGGAACAUUUUAUUGGAUGAUGAAAUGAAUCCAAAAAUUUCAGAUUUUGGCCUCGCUAGAAGUUUUGGAGGAAGUGAAACUGAAGCCAAUACAAAUAAGGUGGUGGGAACAUAUGGUUACAUGUCGCCGGAGUAUGCAAUGGAAGGCCUUUACUCUGUAAAGUCCGAUGUUUUUAGCUUUGGUGUUAUAGUGCUAGAGACUGUGAGUGGGAAAAGGAAUAGAGGAUUCAGUCAUACAGAUCAUCAUCUCAACCUUCUUGGACAUGCUUGGAUACUACAAAAGGAAGGGAGGUCCAUAGAAAUAAUUGAUGCUUCAGUCAGAAAUUCGUGCAAUCUAUCUGAAGUUCUACGGUCAGUGCAUGUCGGUCUACUUUGUGUGCAACAAAAUCUAGCAGAAAGGCCUAGCAUGUCAACAGUUGUUUUUAUGUUGGGCGGUGAAGGUGCAUUACCUGAGCCUAAGCAGCCAGGAUUCUUCACAGAAAGGGAUCUCAUAGAACUGAAUUCCUCUUCAAGCUAUCACAACUCUAGUUCAGCUAAUAAUCUCACUAUUACACAACUAGGGGCACGAUAAAAACGCAUCAUAUGUAAAGUUUUAUGUCUUGCAGGCUAGGACCUCAUUUUCUCAUAGUUACUAUAUUCACUGAACUUAUAUUCCCAGUAUAUAUGAAUCCCCAAACCAUCUGUACAAACCUCAGGGGCUUGAAUGUAUGUGCUGCAAGAAAUGCGGUGCAAAGAAAUGAAGCUUGAAGUUUAUUACCUUCACAGAGGAACAUUUGAAGGAGCAGCAGGUGCAAUCAGAAGUGCACAUUUCGGGACAUUACUGGUCUCUUUUGAAUUGGUAACACAUUACCUGCUGUACAAAUUUCAAUUAUGCAGAAGCAUAUAGAGCUGUUACAUAGUUUCUCAUUAAGGAUAGCGUCGAACACUUGGAGACAAUAGUAUUUGAACGUGCAAAUUCUUCCAAAUAAUAGACUUCCUGUUUUGCGCAA